AUGAUAAAUAAACUAAAUCUCUUCCUAAUUCUAGCAUCUCUAUUGCUGCUAACAUCCCCUAGAAAAUAAUAGGAGAGUAAACUUAACAGCAAUGACACUCCUCUUGAAAUCUUAAUAGAAUACUGCACUAAAAAUGCUCUCUUAAAUUAAUACCCAAAUAAGAUUAAUGUGAUAGGUUAGCCUUAUCCAAUAGGGGCCUAAAAGCAAUUGUUAGUCUAAUGUUUGACAUACAUUCAAUAUGGGUCCCUAAUUGUCUUAGUGCUUUUUGACUCAAUAUUAAAGAGUAAGCUUUCAUUAUGGGAGCAAUACAUUAGUCCAAAUAAAAUGAGAGUAGGAAUUUUAAUCUAUAUUGGAUUCAAUUUCAUAAUUUAGAAUUUGCAAUCCACUGGAGCAUUUGAAGUAACAAUAAAUGGAUAACUUAUACACUCUAAACUAGCAACUGGGUAGAUGCCAACUAUCAAUUAAAUUUCGCACUUUGUUAGUUCUUAUAUAUGAAAACUAAAAAUAGAGCAUAUUUAGAAUGACAAAUUUUAGGAAAAAUAUCGAUCUUAAAAUUUUGAGAUAUAAUUUUUAUGCAAUAUUUAGUUUCUCAUUUAAUGAUAAUUA